UCCAGCUGCUGUCACAUUCCUGCCCACGUUGCAAUUGGCCGAGGCUGCUUGCUCUCUUCUUUUUUCCCCCCUGCUGUUGUAACUUAUGUAUUUACAGUGUGACGGUGUGUGUGUGUGUGUGUGCAUGAGCGAGGAUGAAGUCUCCUCCACAGGUUGCUCAUGCUGCACUGGGCAUUUCAAGGAAAUAACUAUGAGCUUUUUCUAAGUGUUGAUGUGGUGACAUUUGGAUCAUAGAGCAGCAGCAUGAUGACAGAAGUGGCCUGUCCAGCUUUAAUUAUGGCAAAGGACAAUGAGGGUGUGAAAGCAGCACAGGAAAACACCCUCGGAAAGGAAGUUGGUGAUGAAUUCGGGGAAGCGGCGUGGGGCCGACUUUGAUUUGGAGUUUCCGAUGCUGGUGGAAAUAAUGUGGGAUUACACAUGGUGGAAGGGGAAGAUGAGGACAUCUCAUCUUGAUCAGGAUGCUACUUGCUGGAUUAUCAAGACAUUUUCAGAUGAAGUUCAAGGGUGGAAUGUGUGGGGCUGAUGUUUGUAUUCAUCCUUCAGAGUUGUAGUUUGUUUAUUUCCAAAAAGGGUGGAGUAAACAAAACAGAUUUGUGGAAUUAUUUUUGUCACACACACUCGGGGCACAAGCCAGCAUGAUGACACUCCCUAACCAUCACAUUACCAGACCUCUGGAUUUAAAGGAACAUUUCUACUGGAUUCCGACAUGAUGUCCCAACCAGAGUCAGAUCAGAGGCCUCCAGAACCCAAGGCUGCGCCGCUGGACCUGAUAGACACAGGAAAGGGUCUGAAGGUCCAGACAGCCAAACCUCAUCUGGUCAGUCUGGGCAGUGGGAGGCUGAGUGUUGCUAUCACCUUGCUGCCACUCAAAGAAGGGGUGACCCGCAUAGGCCGGGAAGACGCCCCAAUUCCUCAAGACAUCACCAUCCAGGGGCCAGGAAUUGAGGCGGAACACUGCCUUAUCUUUAAUGAAGGAGGGGUAGUGACUCUGGACCCCUGCGGUCACCUCUGUAGUCUGGAUGGAGUGCAGUUCACUGUGCCCACACCACUCACACAGGGUUAUUCCUUGUGUCUCGGUAAGUCCUACUUCUUCCGGUUCAACCAUCCUGAGGAGGCGACCAGAAUGAAGAGCAUGCUUCCACAAAAGAGCCCAGUGUCUGCCUUAGCCUACAAUACAGAUUACCUGAAGUUCAGCAGCGAUUACAGCCAUGCUGUGGUGGGCGGCACCAGUAGCACGCGAGGCAUGCGCUCAGCCUCCGAGCUGCGGGAUUUGAUGGACACCCUGCAGCGCAAGAAAGCUGCUCUGGAAAACAGCCUGAGAGCCAACGGGAAUGCCAACCCGUCUUACUUCAGCGUGACACAGUCCCCACCCCCCACACACAUCACUUCCUCCUCCUCAUCUGCAUAUCAGGAACAAGCAAGACGUUUCCACAGUGCGGAUCGUCCCCCAGUCUCAUUAAAAUCGGCUCCCCCUUCCUCUCCGUCCCGACGUUCUGACCCUUCUUCUCUGGUCCCACGCACUUCUCGAAACCAGGACAGCUUGGGUAGUGGCGAUAGCCGGCGUCACCAUAACACUGGCUCUUCUCCAUUGUUGUCAACAUGGAGUAGCAGGGGCUCGUCCACGUCAGUCAGCGGUGGUGAUACCCUCCUCCUCACCCUUCCUCCUGCUCCUUCCUCAUCCCGCUCUCCAUCCGCGGGGGGCGCUGUCAGCAUGCCUUCGAGUCCCCGGCUUGGACGCCGGAGCUACGGCAAUCAAGAGGCAUCAACGAGCAGUCGAACGAGGAAAUACUCAUCCGGUUCUCUAAACGGGUUGACCGGGUGCGGGCACAGCCGCUCACUGCCUCGCCUCUGUCCCUCACCGUCCCCCCGGGACAGCAACAAUGGCGUCCUGGCUUUAUCGACUCUGCAGCCGCAUCGCUCCGAUGUGUACAAAAUUAAAAAAGACCACUACAACAACAACAGCAGCUUUAACACCAGUCUUGACCUGAACCACAACUCCAGUAACUCAAACAUGCUGUCCUCAAAUAGGAAUCAAAUCCACACAACAGCUAAAGGAGAAGGCAUGGUGUCCAUCUCCCUGUCCUCUCUUAAGAUGUCCCCUUGCACCAAGUCCACCUCCUCCACUGCAUCCCCGCCAGACGUUACCAUCCCAUCCAAGGCCGGGGGGUCCUCGUCCCCCCGCAUGGCCAAGAAGCUCAGCCUGACUUCCACAAGCUCAGUGAGUUCCGUCAACUCCACAAGCCCCCCUGAAAUGGAGCUGUCUUCAGGGGAAUGGGAAAAAACUGGGAAUGACCCGGAAGCGACCAGCGCCCUAGGCUUUGGACGCACUGAGAAGAUGGCUUCAUUCGGAAAAGGAGGAGUGGCCCCACCUGGCGGAUUUCGGGAAAGGCGGGGUAGUAUCAGCUCACUCAGCGGCAAAGAGGAGCUGACUGACUACCACCAUCGUCAAAAAGAGGAGCGCCUCCGCGAGCAGGAGGUGGAGAGACUGGAACGACAGCGUCUCGAGACCAUCCUGUCCUUGUGCUCAGAGCUGGACCAGGAUGGAGGCGGCUCGGUUACAAAUCCGGCCUCCGCCGUGGCCGACCUCCAAAAGAUCAACCAGGAGCUUCAGAAGCUCCAGCUCAAUGAUGAUGACGACGACGACGACAUGCCUUCUGUCUUCUCUGACUCCUCCUUAGUUAAUGGCUCCGCUGGGAACGGACACGUAACUGAGAACGGCUUCUAUGACCGGGAUCUAUUGGUACGACAAAGGCGCAGCAGUGGUACCAGGGACAACAGCAGGGGAGAAUCGCCCGCUUUGAGUCCGCGGAGCUACGCCUCAUCACCAUCACAACAGAGGUUAAACGAGGCACACGACGACCCAGUUCGCCGCCUCGCACAGGAUGCCAGGCCCUCCGAAGAGGAAAUGAGGCGCGUGGAGGAGGAGAGGAUCCAGGUCCUGAACAACAUGGAGGAGCUGGAGAAAAAGAUUAAAGAACUGGACAACCAGAUGGAAGAAUCUUCCCGAGAGGUGGAGGUCGAGCGAGCUCUGGUGGAGGCAGAGCAGGAGUCUGAGUUAGCAGCCCUCCAGCAAGAAAAAGACACCCUGGAAUCUCUUCGCAGCAAAAUAGCAGGCAUGGAGGCCAAAUCUCAACAGGAAAAAGAAAAGGCGUGCGAGUUGCUACAGGCAGAAAAGGGCAGAGUAGAGAGGUUGGCUCAGAUUGUGUGUGAGCAGCGCUCCCAGCUGGACAGCUGCCCCGAGGCCACCAAGGAUCCCCUGCAGGAGCAGCUUGCCAGGGACUUUGAAGCACUCGAGAUGGAGACAAAGCGCUUUGAGGACCUGGAGUUCCAGCAGCUGGAGAGAGAGAGCAGGCAGGACGAGGAAAAGGAGACGCAGACGCAGCAGCUUCUCCGGGAGAUCGCCGACUACCAACGAAGCACCGUCACUCGAAAGGAGCGACUGUUGACCCUUACGAAGCAGGCAGCACAGAUUACCCAGCAGGCUGAGCGGGAGAAAGAAAGCUUCCUGACGGAGAGGAGCACUCUGGAAGCCAUGCUGCAGAGGGAGAAAGAAAACCUUGCGCCACUUGACCGGAAAUAUGCUGACCUCACUGGUGGCCAAAGUUACACAUUAAGAGAGGAUCAGUCUUUUAGCAGCGGUUACCCUGACGCCGCUGCUGCUUCACCUCCUCCAGUACCCGUGCGUGACCUCCCGUUUUCCCUCCUUUCCUCUCUUUUCCUCAAGAAUGCCGAGGGCUACAUCACAGUCAGUGAACUCAAUGAGCUAUACUCACAGUUUGGGCUGGACCCUAAACCCAAACCCGAGUCCCAAAUAAACCCCUCCCCUGACAACGGCAUAGAGGAUGAGCUCUGUCACUCUUCCUCCCCUGCCUGCGACUGUCUCUCUUCCUCCUCAUCUUCCACCUCCUCCCAUCUCAAUCCACGCGCCUCCUCCAAAACCAUCUCUGUGCACUGGCCAGAGAUCAUGGUGACAUAUCGAGAGCCUUCCCCCCAACCCGACUCUCCCCCACCUCCAUUACCUGUCAAAAAACGCCACCGCCGACACAGGCAGCAUUUUCGGCUGCUGGAGGAGAGGAAGCGAUCCGACAGAGAUGGUACUUCCCAUUUUAGCGACACGCUACCCAGAAAAAAAACAACACCCGCCAUGACGCCCCAGUUUUCAUGUGCGACGCUUGGACGCAGUUUCCCAACAAAGCCCCACCCACCAUUGAUACAGAGCACAAGCUGUGGCAGCAUUCUUCCCAGAAUGCUCUCCUUAUCCAACAAGGAAACAGAAUGCCGACGUCUGCAAAAAGGUCAGCCCAGCUCCCGGGCGUCAUCUCAGACCAACGUCUACCUCGAUGCCUUUGGCUACCGUGACAACCAGGCGUUUGACACUAUGAGCGUGGACAGCACUGACUCCAUUGAGACCAGCAUCUCUGCAUGUUCUCCUGACAAUGUCUCAAGUGCGAGUACUUCUAACGUUGCCAGGCUGGAGGAGAUGGAGCGUUUGCUGAGAGAAGCCCAUUUAGAAAAGAAUCAACUCCUUGAGCACAAGGAGAGAGAGGUAGAAAUGCGCAAACUGGCGCUGGAGGAGGAAAAGAAGAGACGGGAGGAGCUGGAGAAAAUGCUCCAGGAGGAGACAAGCAGGCGUCAGAAACUCAUCGACCGCGAGGUGAAACUACGAGAGAAACAGCGGGUGCAGUCCCGCCCACUUACCCGUUACCUGCCAGUGCGAAAGGAUGAUUUUGACUUGCGGUCUCACAUUGAGUCAGCAGGCCACAGCGCAGACACGUGCUUCCACUUGUCCAUCUCUGAGAAGACGUGCAGGGGCUACCUGGUCAAGAUGGGGGGCAAGAUCAAAACCUGGAAGAAGCGCUGGUUUGUCUUUGACCGCAACCGACGAACACUCUCCUACUUCUCAGACAAGCAUGAGGCCAAGCUGAAAGGAGUGAUCUACUUCCAAGCCAUAGAAGAAGUGUAUUACGACCACCUGAAGAAUGCACAUAAGAGCCCCAACCCCUCGCUCACAUUCAGCGUCAAGACUCACGACAGGGUCUACUACAUGGUGGCCCCCUCCCCUGAGGCAAUGAGGAUUUGGAUGGACGUGAUUGUUACAGGCGCUGAAGGGUACACACAGUUCAUGUUGUAGUUUUUAAAAAAAGGUUUUUAGUAGAAUAUCUAUCUUCUACGUGGACAAAUAGCCUUGAUGUAUCAGUAUAAGACAUCUAUUUUUAACUUUUAACCUGCUUCAUUUUGCAAGACUAUACUACUACUGUCUACCUCCAUUUUCACAUGGCAGUAAAAUACUACAUUGACUUGGAAAAUAGGGAAUUGGUUAUUAGUCUUUUUGUGAGCACAAAAGCUAGGAUUUUGCCAAGAGCAUCUUGUUAUUUUUCUACUGGUACCCUCAGGUGUUAAGAGUGUACAAUAAUGUGCGUUAUGUAUAUAGAUGUAUAUAGACGUGUGAAUUUUUUGCACACAUGUGCUCCAAAGUGCCUCUGUGAGUGUAUGCAUGUGCGAAUUACUGUGAGCUUCUAAUGCAGCUCCAAAGUUGCUUCUUUCUAGUAUUGAACAACACAUGCACAGUAUUCCACGAAGGAUAUAAAGCUCACCCUCACUUUUACUAUUUUGUUUUUUCUAAUAAUUUUAAUCAACUAGGAUCCUAUUUGUGCCUUGUUUAACACUCAUAUACGUGUAGCAGAAUUUUUAUAUGCUUAUAUUUUUAAGUGCUAUUUGUUUUUAUAUACUCUCUGUAGUAUCGCCUGUGCUGAGAAAAUAGUGGCCUAUUAACAACCACUCAAAAGGCCAAACAUUAAAGAAAAUGAUGGUACGUGUGUAAUAUAAUAUAAAAACUGGUUUGUAUCUUGAUGAUUAUUGUGAAUAAUGUGUUUGUUUUAUUAGCACUAAUUUAAUGUUUAUAUUUGUGCACUAUAGCAACAUGAAAUAGUUUUUUGCUUGUAAUAUUGUAUUGGUGCAUUCACAUCAACUUUCCUCAUGGAGUUCUUGACCAAAGUUUAUGUACGUAAAUAGUGUGUGAGGUUGCUUUUAAGUGUUUUUAUUGACAGCAAUAGGAUCGAAAUAUCAUUUUUUACACAUUCCAAGCACAUCUCAUUGUUACUGUCAUUUUACCUUGUAAUUGCCAACAUCAUUGCAUGUAUGUUUGUUUUUAUAUCACGAUUCAAUAAACAUAUAUUAUUCUUGUUGUGAUUCCAAUGUUUUAAAAACCAAGUCUCUUUGAAAACGACUUUUUCACCUCUCCUGUAAAAGAAAAAUAUAAAAUUGGUUGAUCAUGU